UGAAGGAUAAAUUGCUUUUCUCUCCAAUGCAAUGUCUUUAAUCUACGACGCGAUUCUUUCCGAAACUCAAUGAGGACAGAUAUGUCUCUACCGCUAACUUGUGGUCUGUAGUAUUCUUGAGAUAUUUCACCAGAAUAGCUUGACACGUGCAAAUUUAAAGAGAUUAAACUUCAGAGUCGCGAUGAUGGCAUCAAUAGGGGAGUUCGAUCCGCUGAACAACAUCGUUCCUGCUACUAAAAUAGAAGUUACCGUGUCAUGCAGGGAUCUUCUGCAUGUGGACACAUUCUCCAAGUCUGAUCCUGUGAUUGUGCUGUAUGUGCAGGGUAUCGGCACCAAAGAGUGGAGGGAGUUUGGCAGAACAGAGGUUAUUGACAACACACUGAAUCCAAACUUUGUGCGGAAGUUUUUCCUGGACUUCUUCUUCGAAGAGAAGCAGAACCUCCGCUUUGACGUAUACAAUGUGGACUCCAGAAGUUCAAAUAUUUCCAAAUUUAAGGACUUCCUGGGUCAGACCUUCUGCACUCUGGGGGAGAUCAUUGGAUCCACUGGCGGGCGGCUGGAGAACAGCUUAUCUGGGAUUCCUGGGAAGAAGUUAGGGGCCAUUAUCUUCACGGCGGAGGAGCUCAGUAACUGUAGGGACAUUGCUACCAUGCAGCUGUGUGCCAACAAGCUGGACAAGAAAGACUUUUUUGGGAAGUCUGCCCCCUUCCUGGUCUUCUACAGAAGUAACGAGGAUGGAACGUUCACUAUCUGUCAUAAGACGGAGGUGGUUAAGAACACACUGAAUCCUGUGUGGCAGCCCUUCACCAUCCCAGUGAGGGCCCUCUGUAAUGGGGACUAUGACAGAACAGUGAAGGUGGAUGUGUAUGACUGGGACAGAGAUGGAAGCCAUGAUUUCAUUGGUGAGUUCACCACAAGUUACAGAGAUUUCUCACGUGGACAAAACCAGUUUAAUGUCUAUGAGGUUCUAAAUCCGAAAAAGAAGGGCAAGAAAAAGAAAUACAUUAACUCUGGCACGGUAACACUGCUGUCCUUCAAAGUGGAGUCUGAAUAUACCUUUGUGGAUUUCAUCCGAGGCGGGACACAACUCAACUUCACAGUAGCCAUCGACUUCACUGCUUCUAAUGGUGACCCGUCUCAGCCCACCUCCCUCCACUACAUGAACCCGUACCAGAUGAAUGCGUAUGCCAUGGCCCUGAAGGCUGUAGGGGACAUCAUCCAGGACUAUGACAGUGACAAGCUCUUUCCUGCCUACGGCUUCGGAGCCAAGCUACCUCCCGAUGGAAAGAUAUCCCACGCAUUCCCUCUGAGUGGUGACAAUGAAAACCCAAACUGUGUGGGGAUAGAGGGAGUAUUGGAGGCGUACUUCCAGAGCCUCAGGACGGUCCAACUCUACGGACCCACCAACUUCUCUCCAGUCAUCAACCAAGUGGCACGGUCUGCGCAGGAUGUGACGGAUGGCUCUCAGUAUUUUGUGUUGUUGAUGAUCACAGACGGAGUUAUCUCUGACAUGCUGCAGACCAAGGAGGCUGUAGUCAAUGCAGCUGCUCUCCCCAUGUCCAUCAUCAUCAUCGGGGUCGGACCUGCAGAGUUUGACGCCAUGGAGGAGCUAGAUGGCGAUGAGGUCAGAGUGUCCUUCAGGGGGCACUUUGCUGAAAGAGACAUUGUGCAGUUCGUUCCUUUCCGGGACUACAUGGACCGGUCGGGGAACCAGGUCCUGAGCAUGGCCCGGCUGGCUAAGGACGUGCUGGCUGAGAUCCCCGAGCAGCUGCUGGGGUUCAUGAAGACCAGAGGCAUCGAGCCCCGGCCCGCCCUCACCACCUCAGACCUGCCCGACCUCCACAGGCACAUCUGACACCCCCACUGUAGUGGGACAGCACCUUUCAACCCCCCCCCCCCUUGGGUCUACACAUAUUUGAUGCUCACACACACACUUGACAUCUCCCUCAUCUCUUUUAACCCUAUGCCACUGCCAUUUCACUGCAAGCCGAUGUCGCCUCCCCCCUACAACUGCGCAUGCUUAACACAGUUUAUAUCUACACACAGAAUGAAUGUAUUCAUACAUUGUGCCAUUGGACACGUAGGGGCGGAUAGAUUGAGCACCCAAAGCAAUAGCCACAAGCACUGUCACUUCUGAAGAGAAGGGAGAAAUAUAACUGACUAUGCCGUGAUGCCAUGCUGUAUACUUACAACGUUCACAAGCAUAUGCAGAGGGAGGAGUUUACAGUCUGUGAAAGUUAUUGAUAUAGAAAAUAUACUGAACAAAAAUAUAAACGCAACAUGCAACAAUUUCAAAGAUUUUACUGAGUUACAGUUCAUAUAAGGAAAUCAGUCAAUUGAAAUAAAAUUCAAAUAAAAAAAAUGACAAUGAAAUCAAUUUUAACCCCACUUUGUAACACAACAAAAUGUGGAAAAAUAAUUUCUGAGGGCACUGUAUAUGCAAAGCAGCUUAGCCAUAAACUGGAGAGAACAGGUAAAAAAAACUUCAAUCAAUGAUAAGAGCGUCUGCUAAAUUACUUAAAUGUAAUGUAAAAUGUAAUCAUUGCUGAUUUAUUGAUUUGGUAAACAAACUUGACAUGUUGCUUUCAGCCCACACCUCCACACACAAUCUUCUUCAAUUACUGUAUCCACUCCCUCUCUCUGAGUGUCAUGUUAUAAUGCACAAUGGGUGUUUUCUGUUGCCUUUCAUUCGAUUUUCUGAAACUAAAUGACUCAGAGUGAUUUAUAAAAACCAAGCACCAAAACACAUGAGUGCAGUUGACUGUCUUUAGGGAGGUGAAUGAAGAGGUUGUCCUGGGCAAACUUUAUGUGUUUGUUUUGUUGAUGAUUGAUUUGAAGCAGGUCUUGUGUCAUGAACUAGGGGUCGGUUCAGCAGGACACAGCGUUUUGGAACGUUCGGAUAGAAAUAUGUUAUGUAGAACAAGCAUGCCUUCCCGACAUGUAAAACAAGCAAUCAUGUUGGCUCUAUUCAAGGCAUUUCUAUCUGAAACGUUUGGCAACUGAACAUGUGGCCCUGGAGAGUGUUGACACGGCUGGCAUGGGGCCCAGGUCACAUGUUCGUUAGCGCCAGUCAUUCUCACCCCCCUGUCUAUCAUACCAUCCUGCCCAGCAUGGGAUGAUGCUGGGCGCAGAUUACACCCUGCUGGAACAGAAAUGCCAGUCUCAGUGCCCUCCUGCAGUGAGGGAGAGGGAGACCGAGGAGGUAGGGGGAGGUUGAGGAGAGAUAGGGAGGGGAGGUUCAGGCCUGUGACAGUAGGGCUCCAGCUGUUUGGUUGAUGUUUUUAUUUUUUGUGUGUUUGUCAGAAAUGAAAGGAGAAAGAGAGAGGAAAGAUUUCUUGGAUUUCUUGUUGUCAUAAUACAUUGGAGAAAUCAGGUUAGCAACCCUGUUGCCACCUGAAGCUCCAGGCUUAGUUCUGAUCAUAGUUUCUAUGGUUCUGAUUCUGACAUCAAUUAUACACUGUCAUUAAAUCUCCUUUUUGUGACCUCAUUAAAAAGCAUGUCAGAAAAAACUCGCAGGAUACUAGAAUCCCCAUCUCAAAAUGUUCACCAACCUAAAAUGUAUAUAGCAAAGCAUUUUUUUUACACCAGUAGGAGUUGACCACCCCCCUCACGUUGCCAAUGUUGAGAUAACACUGUACAUCCUACUUUCAAUGUUAUUUGCACAGUAUCAGAUGGAAAGGAAACUGAGGUAAUCACUAAGAUACAGCAAUAAUUCAAGAAUGUUUUCAACUAACUGUUCUGUAGAGUGGCUCAGCUCUACCACCUAGCGGUCACUGCUAAUUGAGGCUCUUCUGAGCUCAGUACAGUAUGAGGAUGCUACAGACUGACAUGAUUUCCUGGUAGAUGUGUUGAGUUGAUAACGCUCCUGUACGGUAAGGUGAGGUUAGGUUAGGUUGACCCUGGCUCCUGUAUAGUGAGGUUGGGUUGAUCCUGGCUCCUGUACGGUAAGGUGAGGUUAGGUUAGGUUGACCCUGGCUCCUGUAUAGUGAGGUUGGGUUGAUCCUGGCUCCUGUACGGUAAGGUGAGGUUAGGUUAGGUUAGGUUGACCCUGGCUCCUGUAUAGUGAGGUUGGGUUGAUCCUGGCUCCUGUACAGUAAGGUGAGGUGAGGUUAGGUUGACCCUGGCUCCUGUAUAGUGAGGUUGGGUUGAUCCUGGCUCCUGUACGGUGAGGUUUGGUUGAGAUGAGGUGAGGUUGACCCUGGCUCCUGUACGGUGAAGUGAGGUUAGGUUGACCCUGGCUCCUGUACGGUGAGGUGAGGUUGACCCUGGCUCCUGUAUGGUGAGGUGAGAUUGACCCUGGCUCCUGUACGGUGAGGUGAGAUUGACCCUGGCUCCUGUACGGUGAGGUGAGGUUGACCCUGGCUCCUGUACGGUGAGGUGAGGUUGACCCUGGCUCCUGUACGGUGAGGUGAGGUUGACCCUGGCUCCUGUACGGUGAGGUGAGGUUGACCCUGGCUCCUGUACGGUGAGGUGAGGUUGACCCUGGCUCCUGUAUGGUGAGGUUGGGUUGACCCUGGCUCCUGUACGGUGAGGUGAGGUUGACCCUGGCUCCUGUACGGUGAGGUUGGGUUGACCCUGGCUCAUGCUAUACUGGUUAACUGAAUAUGUGGACUAUUGUGUGGCCUUACAAUCCCUCACUUUGCAAAGCCAUGUCUUGUCAGUGUGGCUAGGGAUGUAUGUGUGUGUGCCACAGUAAGUUGUGCAUCUCUUGAUCAUACCUUGUCUUGUGCAGUGAAUAGGAGAGUUCGCAUGCUGUGACUUAUACUAUACAAUCCUUGUUCUUGGUGUUUGAUGAUGAUGUUUGGUCACUGUCCACUACAGCUGAAAAAAUAUAUAUCUUAAUAUGCAUUUCACUUGUGUUACUUAACAUUCUCCUCUUGAUCAACUUCAUUCCCUUCAAACAGAGAAUGCUAAAUGUUUUACACCAUAGGAUUUAGUUAGUGUUUAGAACAACAGGUGUGAAUAGAUAAAUUAAUGUAAAUACUAUGUUGUCUCUCUAUGCAGAUGUAUAAUGCAACGGAUGUGAUUUGAAUGUCCAUCCAUUGUAAAUAGGAACAUCAAAUGAAGAGUUUGUUACAGUACUACGCUAGGAAGUAGAAGGUCACUUUUUCUAUCAGGGUGUCUUCACAUUUGAUGUGUUAUGAAUGUAAACGUAGUAAUUCGUUGUGAUUUGUGUCAAAUGGAUUGUGCAUUUAUCCAUUUCCGGUGUUUCAACCAACGACAGCCAACUCAUGUGUUUCAACCAAGGACAGCCAACUCAUGUAUUUCAACCAAGGACAGCCAACUCAUGUAUUUCAACCAAGGACAGCCAACUCAUGUGUUUCAACCAAGGACAGCCAACUCAUGUAUUUCAACCAAGGACAGCCAACUCAUGUAUUUCAACCAAGGACAGCCAACUCAUGUAUUUCAACCAAGGACAGCCAACUCAUGUAUUUCAACCAAGGACAGCCAACUCAUGUAUUUCAACCAGAGACAGCCAACUCAUGUAUUUCAACCAAGGACAGCCAACUCAUGUAUUUCAACCAAGGACAGCCAACUCAUGUAUUUCAACCAAGGACAGCCAACUCAUGUAUUUCAACCAAGGACAGCCAACUCAUGUAUUUCAACCAAGGACAGCCAACUCAUGUAUUUCAACCAAGGACAGCCAACUCAUGUAUUUCAACCAAGGACAGCCAACUCAUGUAUUUCAACCAAGGACAGCCAACUCAUGUAUUUCAACCAAGGACAGCCAACUCAU